AUGGUCUCUUGGUGGUCUUUCCUUCUUUACGGCCUUCAGGCCGCGGCACCGGCGUUCGCUGCAACGCCUGAGGACUGGCGAUCGCAAUCUAUUUACUUCCUUCUCACGGAUCGCUUCGCGAGGACAGACGGAUCGACGUCUGCGACUUGUAAUACCGAGGACCGGAGAUACUGUGGUGGUACAUGGAAGGGCAUCAUCGACAAGCUGGACUACAUCCAGGGGAUGGGGUUUACAGCCAUCUGGAUUACCCCCGUCACCGGCCAACUCCCCCAGAACACCGCCUACGGAGAAGCCUACCAUGGCUACUGGCAACAGGAUAUAUAUGCCCUGAACUCGCACUACGGCACUGCAGAUGACCUAAAGGCUCUUUCUUCGGCUCUUCACAAGAGAGGGAUGUAUCUUAUGGUCGACGUAGUUGCCAACCACAUGGGCUACGACGGAGCCGGAAACUCAGUCGAUUACAGCGUAUUCAAACCAUUCAAUUCCGAAGACUACUUCCACCCGUUCUGCCUUAUCCAGAACUACAACGACCAAACCCAGGCCGAGAACUGCUGGCUGGGCGACAACACCGUCUCUCUGCCCGAUCUCGACACGACACGCCAAGACGUCAAGAAUGAAUGGUACGAGUGGGUUGGGGCAUUGGUGUCGAAUUACUCCAUCGACGGACUCCGCAUCGACACGGUAAAGCAUGUGCAGAAGGACUUCUGGCCCGGUUACAACAAGGCUGCGGGGGUGUACUGCAUCGGCGAAGUCCUCGACGGUAAUCCGGCGUAUACAUGCCCCUACCAGAAGGUGCUGGACGGAGUGCUCAACUAUCCGAUGUACUACCCACUACUCAACGCCUUUAAGUCAACCUCCGGCAACAUGAACGACCUGUACAAUAUGAUCAACACGGUCAAGUCUGAUUGUCCGGACUCAACACUUAUGGGAACAUUCAUUGAGAACCAUGAUAACCCGCGAUUUGCUUCAUACACCAGGGACAUCUCCCUCGCCAAGAACGUCGCCGCAUUCACCAUCCUCGCAGACGGAAUCCCCAUCAUCUAUGCCGGCCAGGAACAGCAAUACGCAGGCGGCAAUGACCCCGCCAACCGUGAAGCAACCUGGUUAUCGGGAUACUCGACGACCAGCGAGAUAUACAAGUUACUUGCAUCUGUGAACGCGAUCCGGAGCCACGCAAUCAGCACCGAUAAAAGCUAUCUGACCUACAAGAACUGGCCCAUCUACAAGGAUGAUACGACGAUUGCGAUGCGCAAAGGUAGCGAUGGUUCGCAGGUCAUUACUGUCUUGUCUAACAAGGGCGCGAACGGUGACUCGUACACCCUCUCUUUGGAGAAUACAGGAUAUACGGCUGGACAGAAACUGACGGAGGUUGUUACCUGCUCGAUAGUGACGGUGGGGUCGGAUGGAAAGGUGCCUGUUCCGAUGGAGAAGGGGUUGCCGAGGGUGUUGUAUCCGUCUGAGAAGUUGGGGGAUAGCAAGAUUUGUAGUAAGUAGUUUAGUCUGUAUUUAGAAUGGAGGGAUAGUGAUGGUGUCGAGACUUAGCUUCUGGUCUUGUGGGAUUAUGGGAAACGCUACGGUAAAGUCUCUUCUCCUAUAGUUGGGAAUCAGAAUGUGUUUCAGGCUUUACUUAAAGGAAAACCUUAGUUUGAC